CUUUUCAAAGUUGAGCUAGCGAAAGUAGUUUUGCGCUGCGUGAAGCUGCACGGUUGACAUCGGACAGCUGGCGACGGACGAGUGUGCUGACGUGCCUGCCUCCUCCCAGACGCUCAGAAAUCCCAUCUAAUCAGCCAUCACCAUGUCCAGCAAACGUGCCAAGGGAAAGACCACGAAGAAGCGCCCCCAGCGGGCUACUUCCAAUGUCUUUGCCAUGUUUGACCAGUCACAGAUCCAGGAGUUUAAGGAGGCAUUCAACAUGAUUGACCAGAACCGAGAUGGCUUCAUUGAUAAAGAGGAUCUGCACGAUAUGCUUGCCUCACUAGGUAAGAAUCCAACAGAUGACUACUUGGAGGGGAUGAUGAGUGAAGCACCAGGCCCCAUCAACUUCACCAUGUUUCUCACAAUGUUUGGCGAGCGACUUAACGGAACUGACCCAGAGGAUGUGAUACGGAACGCCUUUGCCUGCUUUGAUGAAGAGGGCUCAGGUUUCAUUCAUGAAGAUCAUCUCCGUGAACUCCUGACCACCAUGGGUGAUCGUUUCACAGAUGAAGAUGUUGAUGAGCUCUUCCGUGAAGCACCUAUUGAUAAGAAGGGCAAUUUCAACUAUGCCGAGUUCACACGCAUCUUGAAGCAUGGUGCUAAAGACAAAGAUGAUAUGUAACAAAUUUAGUCUAUUGGCAAAAUCCACACAACCUUUCCCAGAUUGCUGCUUCUGGCCGCUUUGUAGUGGGCACUAUAUUUGUAUUACCACCUCCAACAAUUUUUUUUAAAAUACAGUCCCUUUGCUUUUAUUUAGCACAGACGUUAAGGAGGAAAUUCUGGAUGUGUUGGUUGACAUUAAAUAGUCAUCCAUAUCAAGCUCCCAUCAUUUCUCAACAUGCUCCCAAAGUUAAGCCAUUUGAGGAAAACAGUCAAAAGUGGCUAUUCAAGAAAAAGUUUAGCAAAUAAAAUUUCCAUCAGUUAACCACUUGUCAGCCACAUCAUCAAGUAAUGAGAAUGGGUAGCAGAACUGUUAGCAAAAAUUAAACACUUCCAUAUAAUGAGUCUAAUGUGUGCAAAUAAAAGCAAACUUCAGAACCACCCACACAAAGGGACAGCUGCACAAGGCAGGACCUGCAGGAGUAUCAGAGUGGUGGAUCAUAUGUUCCAUAAUGAGACUGUGCAUGUCCAAGAGUGUACUUUACCAAAGUAAGGCAGAUUGUUACGGAAAUACUUAAGAUGUCCCCUUAUCAGCCCCUUUCAAAACUUUAGACCAAAAUUGUCUCCUGGAAACAAAAGUAGGGUAAGCUAAACCAGCAGGUUCUAGAGACUGGAUGGACGGAACAGCUCGCAUUGUUACUCUAAGCAGCUUUCAAUAAUUAUUCUUAUUUUGUAUUUGUCUGUUUUGAUUCUCAGAACAGCUUACACCCAGCCCAGAAAUGCAUGAAUUCAUCAAUUUAUGCGAAGGAACUAGAGCUAAGAUGGUGAACCUCUCGGGGUGGUCUUUGAUAUCAAGUGUGGGGGGCUGCUAUCAUACAGCCAUUGACUAAUAGACCCCCCCCCCCAACCUUAUGUAGCUUUACCUGAAUGUGUGUACCUUUCUGUACUCCAAAUAAAAUAUUAAUAACAGUG